AUGCUCCCCUUCACCUCUUCGUCUUCUUCCCAAAUCUCGAAUCCAUAUCCAAAACCAAAUCGACGGAAAUGGGCAGUGCAGGAGAACCAGACACGGGAGCUCGCGGCGGAGCAGGGGAGUCGAGUCGGUGAUGGAGUUAAGAAAUCAUCGGAGGACGGGAAAGCCUUUGCGGACGACGUGGCAGUGGACGCAGAAGGCAACGCGUACGUGACCGACGUCGCAGGCAACAAAAUCUGGAAGGUCGGUCCCGACGGCCAACUCAUCUCCACAAUCACCCACCCUCUCUUCGCCCCAAAACAAUGGUACCAAUCCCUGGUCGGCCUCAACGGCAUCGUUUACCACCCCGACGGCUACCUGCUCGUCAUCCACACCUUCACCGGCAACCUGUUCAAGAUCCGGCUUCCAGACGCCGUCAGCGUCGGAUUGGUCCACGUGGAAGGCUCGCUGGCGUUCGGAGACGGGAUGGCGCUGCUGUCCCCGACCCAGCUCGUGGUGGCCGGUUCGAGCCCGUCGGCCAGGCUGAUGGAGAGCUCCGACGGUUGGGAGACGGCUAAAGUGGUGGGCAGCUUCAAGGGGCCUUCUCAUCGGCUGUCGACGGCGGCGACGGUGAAGGACGGGAAGGUGUAUUUGAGUCACAUGUUUGGGAUUGGGUACCCGGAGAAGAAGCAUGCGAUCGUUGAGGCUGUUUUCUCUGCUUGA